CCCCAUCUUGCCCUGUCUGGCUUGUCCAUCCAGCCUGGACCAACGUCAUUUAGAUCGCGUUAAGCUGCAUAACACAUAACCAUCCCCCAUCUAUCAAAGUCCCACUACAACUCGCUCUCCUUAUCUAAAUUAAUUCAGCCUUCCCCCAGACUGCUUUGCCAGAUCUCAUCUGGGAUUCCCUCGGCAGGAGCCGCCUUUUUCCAUUUUAGUUAAUCUAGAAUCCGUCAACCUAGACGAACCAUACAACAGAUACCCUCCAAGAGAUACCCCCUAAGAGAUACCCUCCAAGAUGGAGAGUCUCAAAGCACUCUUCGUCAAACCAGACCCUAAUGCCCAGAUGCGGAAAUGUAACGCUUUAAUACGAUCCAACAUCCGCAAGCUCGACCGAGACAUCAACCAGGUCAAGCAAGUCGAACUCAAGACCAAGAACUUUAUCAUCCAAGCGGACCGACGAGCGCAACGCAACCCUUCGCAGGCGAAGCAGGCGCAGCGAGAAGCACGCGACUUCGCAAAGGAGCUGAUCCGUGCGCGGCGCACGUCGGCGAGGCUGGUCACGUCGAAGGCGCAGCUGAACAGCGUGCAGAUGCAGGUGAACGAGGCGUUCGCGGUGCGCAAGAUCGAGGGCAGCAUCCGGGCCAGCGUCGGCGUCAUGAAGGACGUCAACAGCCUGAUCCGCCUGCCGCAGCUGGCCGGCACCAUGCGCGAGCUCUCCGUCGAACUCAUGAAGGCCGGCGUCAUCGAGGAGAUGGUCGGCGAGAACCUCCCCGUUGACGACGUGCUGGAGGACGAGGAGGAAGAGGCCGAGGGCGAGGUCGACAAGGUGCUGGGAGAGAUAUUAAAGGGCCGCAUGGAGAAGGCCGGCGCGACGCCCAGCGCGCCGCUGCCGUCUCAUCCCGAGGAACAGCCUGUGCAGCUGGAGGAAGAAGAGGAAGACCAGGAGGCGAUGAUGGACCAGAUGAGGAACAGAUUAGAGGCUCUCAGGAGCUAGACUCUUGGAUUUUGCUUUUCCGCGUCUAUCCUUUGGAACUACCUUUGGAAGUCAUUUAGUCAUAUUCUGUAUUGGCGUUGCGGCGUGGGUGACGACUUUCGUCUAAGGUAUUCGGUUGGGAUGGGAUGGGUACAUAUUUCGAAUGCUCAGUUAUGAGUUCAAGUCAAGACGGCCAAGAAUUGCCGUGUAUAUAGAGAUUAUAACAUGUUUUCUGGUUCAAUGUUCAUUUUAGAUUAUACAUCGAUUGAUAUCUCGAGCAUUUAUAUAUCUCAUCUGCACUGAUACAGAGGUCUUUACGGAAAU